AUGGCAAAACGAGGUUACUAUGCUGUUGCAAAAGGUCGCAAAGUCGGUGUCUUUGGUUCGUGGGAUGAGUGCCGUGUACAAGUUAACGGAUAUCCUCAGGCAAGAUAUAAAAAAUUUGCAACUGAAAACGAAGCUAUCGCUUUCAUCACGGAGUAUCAGCUAGGACGUACUAACAGCAGCAAUUCGCCGGUUACGUGUCCGAGCGACGAAGGGUAUCAGCAAAAGGAUGCGUCCCGGAAGCGAAAAUGUGGUGCGGAAUCGUAUAACGAAGGUUGUACUUCACGAAUUCCAAAACGAUUAAAGAACUGGAAAUGGCCUAAAACAUUGAAGGAAAACACGGAUACAAUGGCACAAUUUUUCGAAAGAGUGUCAUCGCCGAAAGACCUUGAUUUAUCUAACAAACAGGUCAAAUUUGAGUAUGUUGCUGGCCACAGUGGCGAAUAUGGAAAUGAUGCCGCUGAUGAGCUAGCAAGGCGUGGAGCUCUAAUCGACACUGCCCUCAAAUGGCUCUUGGAAACUGCAUCUUCUUGCACUCCUCCGGCCAAAGAUGUUCGAAUCUUUGAGCAAGAACGACCAUGGGCAAUGGCCACUGCAGUUUUGGUCCAUGGAGAGCCAGAAAGGUUCGACAGAAAGGCUAAUUGUGUUAUUCGCUGGAUAGAGUAUCCCGAAAGUACCGCAGCGGAAGUGUGCACAACUGGAUACUCAUUCACAACGCCUUCCGGUCGAGUGGCGAAGUAUGGUAUCUUCUGGGGUAAAAAUGAUCCGCGCAAUGUUAUCCGUGAAAUGCCCGGCAAAACUCACGUUGCUGCAAUGUUAAUGGCUCUGAUAGAUGCUGUUCAUGUU